CACGGCCACUUCCGCCGCCGCAGUCCCCGCCUGCCCUAGUGCUCUUUAGCGGGGGAGGAGCCGAGACCCGGAGCAGCGGCGGUGGCGGUGGCGACCGAAGGUCCUACAGCUCUGCAGCUCCGAGCGCCCGGCUGGCCAGGAAGUUUCAGGCCAUCCACGAGACAGCAGAAAAGGAUUGCCAGCCAGAGAAGGACAACAUCCAAAGUCCCAAUGCACAGAUCAACGCCCAGUCAAACCAAGAGGAGCCGGUCACCAUUUGCCAGCACACGUCGUCGUUGGAAUGACAGUGAGAGCUCUGGAACCAGCCUGAAUGUUGAGAAUGACGAUUAUCCCAGGUAUCCUCCAAGAGAGUACAGGGCCUCCGGGAACCGAAGAGGAUUGGCUUAUGGACAUAUUGACACUCUGGGGGCACGUGAUAGUGAGGAGGAGGGGGCUGGGCCUGUUGACAGACUGCCAGUGAGAGGGAAAACUGGCAAGUUUAAGGAUGAUCCAGAGAAGGGGGCAAGAUCUCCUCGCUUCUCUAGUGUUAACCAUGAUGUGAACGAGGAGCUUGGCAAGGUAGAAGCCCCUCCUGCUGCAAGGUGCUCUGUGAGCAGAGCUGAGUUCUUGAAGCAAAGCGGCAUGGCCUCUCAGAUGUCUUCUGCCGAGGGCAGGGCAGCUGUAAAGGGUAACAACAGCUUGGAGAGGGAGAGGCAGAAUUUACCAGCACGUCCUAGCAGGGCUCCUGUGAGUAUUUGUGGUGGGGGGGAAAACACCCCAAAGAGUGCAGAGGAACCGGUGGUGAGACCAAAAGUCCGGAAUGUGGCGACUCCAAACUGCGUGAAACCAAAAAUAUUUUUUGAUACUGAUGAUGAUGAUGAUGUACCACACAGUACUUCCAGGUGGAGAGAUGCUGCCGAUGCUGAUGCUGAUGAAGCCCAUGCAGAGGGCCUAGCACGAAGAGCCCGAGGUGAGGGUGCAGGCAGCUCCUCUGAGCCCAAGUAUCCUGAAGACAAGAAGGAUAACAGGAAUGGGCAGGUGAAACCGGAGAAAGUGUCAAGACGGCGACGCACCAUGGCUGACUCUGACUUCUGGGCAUACACUGAUGACUACUACAGAUACUAUGAAGACGACUCUGACAGCGACAAAGAAUGGAUGGCUGCUCUGCGCCGGAAGUAUCGAAGUCGGGAACAACCCCAGUCUUCCAGUGGGGAAAGCUGGGAGCCUCUGCCAGGAAAGGAAGAACGAGAACCUCAGCAAGCUCACGGAAGUGUUCACGGAAGCGGAGCUGGGAGCCUUGCCAGUACCAGUGUUGGCAGCGAUGGCAGUGGCUAUCCUGCAGAAGUGCAGGAGCCGUCUCUUCAGGAAGAAGAGCAGGCCUCCCUGGAAGAAGGGGAAAUUCCUUGGCUCCGGUACAAUGAGAAUGAAAGCAGCAGCGAGGGGGAUAACGAGUCCAGCCAUGAGCUGAUGCAGCCUGGGAUGUUCAUGCUGGAUGGGAACAACAACCUGGAAGAUGACUCCAGUGUGAGUGAAGACCUCGAAGUGGACUGGAGCCUGUUUGAUGGCUUUGCAGAUGGCUUGGGAGUGGCAGAAGCCAUCUCCUACGUGGAUCCUCAGUUCCUCACCUACAUGGCUCUCGAAGAGCGCCUGGCUCAGGCGAUGGAGACUGCCCUUGCGCACCUGGAGUCUCUCGCCGUUGACGUCGAGGUGGCUAACCCACCUGCAAGCAAGGAGAGCAUCGAUGCGCUUCCUGAGAUCCUGGUCACCGAAGAUCAUGGCGCAGUGGGCCAGGAAAUGUGCUGUCCCAUCUGCUGCAGUGAAUAUGUGAAGGGGGAGGUGGCAACGGAGCUCCCGUGCCACCACUAUUUCCACAAGCCGUGUGUGUCCAUCUGGCUUCAGAAGUCGGGCACCUGCCCGGUGUGCCGCUGCAUGUUCCCUCCCCCACUCUAAAGGCCAAGGCUCUUUGCUCUUAGCCUGGUGAUUUUCCCUGUCUGAAACCCACAGUACCACAGGAGCCCUCUUUCAAAAUUAACAAUGGCAAUGAAAUCAGUCGGUCAAUUAAACUAAACUUGUUGAUUCCUUGUGAUUAUUUCCAAUGUGAAAAUGGUUGCGUACAAUUACAUUUAAAAAUCAUCCUUUCUUUUAGAAGGUAGAAAGGGGAAACUAAACUUUCUAAAUGCUACUUGAGAUUGCAGCAAGAACAUAAUAUUUUUAACCUGAAAGUUGAAACAAAUCAUAUUUGUUCUGUAGACUAUGUUUCUCUUCCUUGUUGAUGUCAAGUUCAUCUGUUAAAUACAUUGGAAAGACAAAAAUCACAUGGGUUGCAUGUUAUGGGUUAAUGUUCCUGUAUUAAGUGGUGUAAAAGCUUAUUAAAGUUCUUCUUUUGGUUUGACACAGUA